CCGGGGUCGGGGGCCAGCAUGGAGCACCUGGGUCCGCACCAUCUCCACCCGGGCCACGCGGAGCCCAUCAGCUUUGGCAUCGACCAGAUCCUCAACAGCCCGGACCAGGGCAGCUGCAUGGGGCCCUCCUCUCGCCUCCAGGACGGAGAAUACGGCCUUGGCUGUUUGGUUGGAGGCGCCUACCCUUACGGCGGCGGGGGCCCCGCGGCCGGGGCGGGGGCCGGGGGCGCGGGGGCCUAUGGCGCUGGAGGCCCGAGCGGCCCCGGUGGCCCGGCGGGCGGCGGCGCCUGCAGCAUGGGCCCGCUGGCUGGCUCCUACAACGUGAACAUGGCCUUGGCGGGCGGCCCCGGUCCCGGCGGCGGCGGCGGCAGCGGGGCUGGCGGCGGCGGGGGGACGCUCAGCGCUGCAGGGGUGAUACGAGUGCCCGCGCACAGGCCGCUAGCUGGAGCGGUGGCCCACCCUCAACCUCUGGCUACCGGUUUGCCCACCGUGCCCUCCGUGCCUGCUGUGCCGGGCGUCAACAACCUCACCGGCCUCACCUUCCCCUGGAUGGAGAGUAACCGCAGAUACACAAAGGACAGAUUCACAGGUCACCCCUAUCAGAAUCGGACGCCCCCCAAGAAGAAGAAGCCGCGUACGUCCUUCACGCGCCUGCAGAUCUGCGAAUUGGAGAAGCGCUUCCACCGCCAGAAGUACCUGGCCUCGGCCGAGCGCGCCGCCCUUGCCAAGGCGCUCAAAAUGACCGACGCGCAAGUCAAAACCUGGUUCCAGAACCGGCGGACAAAGUGGAGGCGGCAGACUGCGGAGGAGCGUGAGGCCGAGAGGCAGCAGGCGAACCGCAUCCUCCUGCAGCUGCAGCAAGAGGCCUUCCAGAAGAGCCUGGCGCAGCCGCUGCCCGCCGACCCGCUAUGCGUGCACAACUCCUCGCUCUUCGCCCUGCAGAACCUGCAGCCGUGGUCUGACGACUCGACCAAGAUCACCAGUGUCACGUCCGUGGCGUCGGCCUGCGAGUGAGCCUGCCUGCUCCGCCCCGUGAGACCCGGGCCCAGCCAAGUGGUUGGUCUCGAGGCCUCAGAGCCGGGACUCUCGCCGGCCAUCCCCCAGCAGACUGCACGCAGCAGGGGAACGCCGCGAGCCUCCGCACCGGCCCGCGCGCUCACGCAGACGCUGUUCUCUUUUUGGUGGAAAAGAAGAAAAGAACGCGCAGGAAAGGGAAGCGCGGCCGCCUCCCAGAUGCCUGUGCGCUCCCGUGCCUGCUCGAACUGUCCUCCGUUUGCGUCUAUUUUAUUUUAUUCUGAUUUUUAACGUGGGACUGAGAGAGGCAGGAGAGGUGGUAGAAGAAGAGCUUCUGGGGUCUCUAGAGGGCAGCAUGGGCUGUCAUUUGAACUUGCCCUGGGGAGAGCACUCUGUUUUCCACUUUCCAUCAUACACGGACAUCCAUAGGGCCGCACAGAGGUGAUUUCACUGUCCUUCCUGGUGUCACACCACGGUCACACGCAGUGGACCUGUGGCAGAGUGUCACGUGCACACAGAGCCGCAGCCUUCACACCCUUGACCCUUACUAUCAGGGAUGACCCAGAUUCAUUCUCAGCAGCAUGGCACGUCUCAUAAACACAAGGCCAUGGUCAUACGGUCACACACCUCACACACAACAGCCACAACCGCAUCACUUGGCCUGUCAGACCCCCAUCACAUACCCUAGCCACACCCAGGUACACAAAGGCAGAUUUCCACAUAAACUCAGUCUAUUUCUCUAGAUCCUGUUUAUGGGGGGGGGGGGUUUAAGUUAUGCACUUACAAGGUGUUUUCUGUGUAACCUUUUUAUAAAGUGCUUGUGUAAUUUAUGUGAAAAAAUAAUAAAACCCUCCAGAUCUGGAGUCAAGGCUGCCUGCUCCUUGCUGAGCCCAGCACCUUGCUGCUACUUGGGUUUGGUGUGAGCUGGUGCAGCCAGGGCAGCACCUGGUACCUAAAUUUGAGGGACAUCUUGGGGCCAGGACCUACAAGCUUUAGAGAGAGGAAAGAAGGAGGGGGAGAAACGGAGGGAAGGCAGCGCUGAGGAAAGGUGGGAGAGCCGGGGUC